AUGUCAGCAGGCAAGAAAGCGGCGCUGAUAUGCGUCGACAUCCAAAACGACUUCUGCGACGACCCCGACGGCGCGCUGGCCGUCAAAGGAGCAAGAGCCCUGGCACCUGUCUGGAACGAGCUGCUCUCGAUGCCAUUCGCAGUGAAAAUUGCCACAAAGGACUGCCACCCAACAGACCACGUCUCAUUCGCAAGCCAGCACCAAGGCAAGCAGCCAUUCAAAGACACGAUUACGGUGAAGAACCCUGAGAACGAAAAAGAUGAGCCCUUCACAAGCACACUCUGGCCAGACCAUUGCAUCCAGGGCAGUCAUGGCUACGAGCUGAUGUCUGAGCUGGACAAGUCAAAGAUCCAGACCAUCAUUGAAAAAGGCCAGGAUAAACGAGUCGAGUCCUACAGUGCCUUCGGCCCGCCAUACCGCAACCCAAGGCUGGGCAACAAUGAGCUGAUCGAGAUGUUGAAAAGUGAAGGCAUCACGGAAGUCUUCGUGGUCGGUCUGGCCUACGAAGCUUGCGUGAUGUAUACUGCAAAGGAUGCUGCGAAGUACGGCUUCCAGACCUAUCUCAUCGAGGAUGCUGCAGCUUUCGCCAACAAAAGUGAAGACAAUACCAAGGUCGUCCGGAAACAGCUCCAGGAUUGCGGAGUAUCCUUGAUCAGCCUUGCUUCUCCGGAGGUCGAGCGGAUCAGGAAGUCUGCAUGA